AUGCCUUUAAUCCGUUUCUUUCCAAAGUCCCUGAAAACCACCGCCGCCGUUGCCUCUGGAUUCGCAGUCCUCGGUAUUGGGAUCUACAGCGUGCGAUCGUCCUUCCCGACAGCCCAGGCCGAAUCUACAGAGCCAUCAAUGGUCUUCUCGGGCUUCGGCCCUACCACGCUGCGCCUCCAGAGCGUCAAGGCCGUGAACCAUAACACGAAGCGCCUGGUGUUCGAAUUCCCGGAUAAAAAUGCUAGGAGCGGAUUAUCUCUUACCUCGGCGCUUCUCACUAUCUCUCGCCCCCAGGGCAGAUGGCUUCCUGUCCUAAGACCAUACACGCCUAUCAGCGAUCUAGACCAAAAGGGCUCCCUCGAACUCCUCGUCAAACAAUACCCCAACGGCAAAGCAAGCACGCACCUCCACUCCCUCGUACCAGGAGAUACCCUCACAUUCUUAGCUCCACUGCGAGGCUUUCCCUGGAAACCGAACCAGUUCUCCCAAGUAUACCUAAUCGCCGGCGGAGCGGGAAUCACGCCGCUCUACCAGCUUCUCCAAGGAAUAUUAAAGAACCCGAACGACAAGACGAAAGUAAACCUUGUGUUCGGGGUCAAUACAGAACAGGACCUGUUGUUGAGGGAGGAGCUGGAGGACUUUAAGAGGCGGUUUCCGGGGAGGUUUGAUUUUGUGUAUACAGUUACUCACGGGGAGGAGGGUUCGUCAUUGAGGAAGGGUCGUGUGACGGAGGAGUUGUUGCGCGAGGUGACGAGGGAAGGAAGGGGGAGGAAUACGAAGGUGUUUGUUUGUGGGCCGUCGGGGAUGGAGGAGGCGUUGGUGGGGUCGAGGAUAUCGGGGGAGGGCAUUUUGGGAAAGUUGGGAUUCAAGAAUGACCAGGUAUAUAAAUUUUAA